GCAACUAGGAGGCUGGGCUUCCCCUGCCAGAGCCACACAGCCCAGCUGCUGCGGGGAGGCACUGCCGCUUCCAGCGCCCUGCACCAGAGGCCUCAGCACUGCAACUCCUGCCUCACCGCCUCCUGGACUCUGACCAGCAGCCAUGGCACCCACAGGAAAGGCUGGCGUCUACCGGGGCUCGGUGAAGGACUUCCCCAACUUCAACGCCCAGCAGGACGCCGAGGCGCUGUACAACGCCAUGAAGGGCUUCGGCAGCGACAAGGAGGCCAUCCUGGACCUGAUCACGUCCCGCAGCAACCGGCAGAGGGUGGAGAUCUGCCAGGCCUACAAGUCGCUGUACGGCAAGGACCUGAUUGCCGACCUGAAGUAUGAGCUGACUGGGAAGUUCGAGAGGCUCAUCGUGGGGCUGAUGAGGCCCCCGGCGUACCACGACGCCAAGGAGAUCAAGGAUGCCAUCCAGGGUGUUGGCACCGAUGAGAAGUGCCUGAUCGAGAUCAUGGCCUCCCGCACCAACCAGCAAAUGCACGCUUUGCUGGCAGCCUACAGAGAUGCCUACGAGAGGGAACUGGAGGGCGACAUCCUCGGAGACACCUCCGGCCACUUCAAGAAGAUGCUGGUCGUCCUGUUGCAGGGCACCCGGGAGGAGGACGACGUGGUGAGCGAGGACCUGGUGGAGCAGGACGCCAAGGACCUGCUGGAUGCCGGGGAGGCGAAAUGGGGCACAGAUGAGGCCCAGUUCAUCUACAUCCUGGGGCACCGAAGCAAGCAGCACCUCCAGCUAGUCUUCGACGAGUACUUGAAGAUCUCCGGGAAGCCCAUUGAGUACAGCAUCCGGGCCGAGCUGUCCGGGGACUUCGAGAAGUUGAUGCUGGCCGUGGUGAAGUGCAUCAGGAGCACGUCCGAGUACUUUGCCGAGCGGCUCUACAAGGCCAUGCAGGGCCUGGGCACCAAGGACAACACGCUGAUCCGCAUCAUGGUGUCGCGCAGCGAGAUCGACAUGCUGGACAUCCGCGAGGUGUUUCGCACCAAGUACGAGAAGUCCCUCUACAGCAUGAUCAAGGAGGACACAUCCGGCGAGUACAAGAAGGCGCUGCUGAAGCUGUGUGGGGGAGACGACGACGCGGCAGGUGAGUUCUUCCCCGAGGCGGCGCAAGUGGCCUAUCGGAUGUGGGAGCUUAGCGCGGUGGCGGUGGCUAAAGUCGAGCUGAAAGGCACCGUGCGCCCCACCGCCGACUUCAAUGCCGACGGGGAUGCCCAGGUGCUGCGGAAAGCCAUGAAGGGCCUUGGUACGGACGAAGAUGCCAUCAUCGGCGUGAUCCCCUACCGGAGCAACAAGCAGAGGCAGCAGAUCAUCCAAGCCUACAAGUCCCAUUAUGGCCGGGACCUGCUGGCAGAUCUGAAGUCGGAGCUGUCGGGCAGCUUGGCCAAGGUGAUCCUCGCGCUCAUGAUGACGCCGGCACAGUACGACGCCAAGCAGCUAAAGAAAGCCAUGGAGGGCGCUGGCACGGAUGAGAGCAUCCUCAUCGAGAUUCUGGCCACCCGCAACAACCGGGAAAUCCAGGCCAUUAACGAGGCCUAUGCAGCAGUGUACAACAAGUCACUGGAGGAUGCUCUGAGCUCCGAUACAUCAGGACACUUCAAGAGGAUCCUCGUCUCGCUGGCACUGGGCAACCGCGAUGAAGGAGCGGAAGACCUGACGCAAGCUCAUGAGGAUGCUAAGGUGGUGGCUGAGAACCUGAAACUAGCGGAUGUCUCCAGCGGCGACACCGACUCCCUGGAGACGCGCUUCCUCAGCAUCCUGUGUACCCGCAGCUACCCGCACCUGCGCAAAGUGUUUCAGGAGUUCGUCAAGAUGACCAACCACGACGUGGAGCAUGCCAUCAGGAAGCGCAUGUCCGGUGACGUGAGGGACGCGUUCGUGGCCAUCGUCCGGAGCAUCAAGAACAGGCCGGCCUUCUUUGCCGACAAGCUGUACAAGUCCAUGAAGGGUCUCGGGACAGAUGACAGGACCCUCAUCAGGAUCAUGGUCUCCAGGAGCGAGAUCGACCUGCUCAACAUCCGGCAGGAGUUCAUCGACCUGCACGAGAAGUCGCUGCACAAAAUGAUUGAGGACACGUCCGGGGACUACCGCAAGGCGCUGCUGGCUAUCUGCGGCGGGCAGGACUAGCCAUCAUGGGAGCCCGGCCUGGUACCUGAGCCGUGGGGCAUGCACGCGUGGACACCACCUGCACUUCACAGUAGCUUUUAGAGGCUUUGGAGGGCGCUCGGCUCCGCUCAGA